CAGUAUUUAUUUUUUUUUUAUAUAUAAUUCUUAGGACGAAAAAUUUCAAAAUUGAUAUCAUGGAAAAUAGUUUAUUGGAAGCAAUUAAGUCUGGCAAUAUGGGAUGCCAUUCAGAAUUGACCAUCAUACCUAUAUCACAAAGUUCAAAAUCCAACAGCCAGUAUGCAGUUUCUUCUACUUCCCCACAAAGUACAGUAUCAUUAUCGUUAGUACCAAAUACUAGCAGUGGAAAAUCAAAAAAUAAACACUCAUUGCCGUCAAAUGCACAAGGUGGUGCACCCCGCAAACGUGGAAAAUCCAGUAUGCCUCAAUUAAACCACAUGGUAAAUGAUAUGAACAGUUACAAUCCACUCUUGGACCUGACAAUGAAUCGCAAACAUCAGAACUAUCCUAAUUAUAGUGCUCAAUAUGAACAACAAUGGCCAUUUAAUUUGCCGUUUAACUAUCCUGAAUUGUUAAUGAAUUUUAGUCAAGUAAAUAAAAGAAAAGCAUAUGCAUAUGAACAACCAAAAGAAAAGACUGCAGUGAAUUACAACAAAGAAAAUACACAAAAUAAAACUAAACAUUAUAAACACGAACAUAUGCCUCCUCCUUCUACAACUGCAGACCGAAUAUCUGGUCAAUUAGAAAAUGUUGAAAAAACAUUUGAUAUUGAUUCUUUAAGUAGUGAAGAUGGCUGGGCUAAAUAUAGAGAGUUGUUGACGGUUAUUGAAGAAAUGUCAGGGUCGAUCCGACCAAUUUAUACAGGUUGUAAGAACUCUACUGAAAGGUUGAAAAAGUCAAUUCAUAAAGCUAAAGCUUUAGUAAGCGAAUGUUUAAAAGAAGUUGAAAAAGUAUCUAGACAACUUUAAGUAUCAUAUAUUAUUUUAUAGAAAAAUACCAUAAAUAAUCAAAUAGUUAACAAUUUUUUGUUUUUACUUUUUAUCUGAAGACAGUAGAAAUUAAUCUAAUUAUUUACAAAAUCACUAUAAUAGAUCAAAACAAUUAUGCAUAAUACUUAUUUAUUUUUUGUAUAAUUGGUUUUAGCUAACAAUAUAUUAAUAAGUAUAAUAUAAAUAAUUUAAAUAUUUAUAUGAGAAAAAUUGUUUUUACUUUAGGGAAUUAAAUUUUUUAUUUUUCAAACUAUAAUUAAUUAUUUUCUAUUUAAUGUAUAUAGAACAUUUUAAGUAGCAACAUUUUCACGAAAAUCGGAAUUUGUAUACUUGCACCUAAAAAAUAUAUUGAAAAUAAUUUUAUUAAACAAGAUCUUAUUAAUUUAAUGACUGACAGUAGUAAAAUAAAGGGUAGUAUUAUUAGUAUUUUUCAUAAAAAAAAUAAUUUUUUUUUAAAUAUUAUAAUGGUAACAAAGUGAUAAUGGUAUUUUCUGAGGCCUUUAAAUUUAAAACUGCAUUUUUAUUCUACCAGGGUAUAAUAUGUUCAAUUUUCAUUAUUUUUGUUAGACUAUCUAUAUUUAAGAAUCAAAUGUUAUACAAAUAUUUUUUAUGAUUUUAGUUACUACAUUGAUUUGUAUUAUUUUUUUUAAACUUUUAUGCAUAUUAUACAAAAUAUUCUAUUUAACUGUACAAAGUUUAUACUAAACGGGUAUUAUAUUAAUUAUUUGUAAUAAUCGUGCACUAUUUUAAAUUAUAGUUUUAGAUACACAAACUGUAUUUUUAUUUUUUUUUUGAUUUAAUUGAGGGUAGGAUAUUACUUAUUAUAUUAGCUAAAGCUAACGGGAUGAGUCAUAGAUUAUUUCAUUUUUAAUCAAUUAAAUAAAAUGAUAUAAUAUUUUUACAUUUGUAAAAUUGGGUAUAGUUAUAUUAUAUAAAUAUAUAAUAUUAACCUUAUAUUUUAAAAACUUUUACUCGUGUACAAUUUAUAACUUAAAAAUUACAAUAUGAUAUAAUAUUAUAUAGUUUAAUACUUGAAUAAAUUUAAAAUGUAAUUUUUGAGUAUGGUAAAUGUCUGUCUUAGCAUAAUGAGAUUGUGUUUUAAAAUAGUAUUUAUAGUUUAUUUAGAUACUGUAUAUCACAGGGUUUACCAUGCUUUAAAUUUUAAUAAUAUGUCUAAAGACAAUAUUGAAUUAAAACAUAAUCAAUUUAUUUUAUAAAUGUAUUAUAAUUUGUUGUUUGUUGUAUAAGAAAUUUUAGUAAAUACUAUUUAUAAUCACUUGUUCCAUGUAGAACCAAAAAAAGAGUAACUAAUGUACAAAAUUAAUUUUGUAUUUUUCAGUAUUAAUUGAUUAUAUUAUAUGACAUACAAUUAUUUUAUUGAUACCCAAUAUGUUUUUACACAAUUACAGGUAUUAAUAAAUAAAUAAAUUAUUUUCACUAUGUUUAA